AUGAAUGAUUCUAGGCAGCAAUCACUGUUCUUCAUCACACCUCCAGAUUUACACAAACUCUGUGCUGUCAGGAUAAUACUGAGUAAUGAGGUGGCAGAUACUGAGAUUAGGAGUAUACAAAUGAAGAUGUGCAGGCAAUUGCUCUAUUUACACCAAGAUAUUCUUACAUCACCUGUGCCUGGAAUAUUAAGCCAAAUUUGGGUAGUGAUGGCGAUACCAUUUUAUAAAGCUGGAAAACUUAAUGCCUAUAUUGGAAAAUAUGGAGCUAAGGUAGAGGCUCCACAAAGAGUAAUUCCUGUAAUUCUUCAAAACUGCCUUUCAUAUUCACUCACAGCUAGACUUGCUCCAGCCUGGAAUAAAACUGGCCAUCUCUUGGUGCAAGGGAGAGAAUUUCUUUCUCAGAUGGGAAAGCAAAGUGCUGUUGUAUUAGACAUCAAUGUAACUGAAAGUCAAGUUUGUCUAAGUAUAGAAGCUUACACAGUCAGACUGCCAUUACCUGAGCUAAGAGAAUUUGGUAUUUCUCAGAGUAUUAUAAAGGAUUUUGAUACUGACAAGAAUGCUGUCAUUGAAGGACAUUCAAUUUUAAGCAACUGGUGCUACGUUUUGCCAAGUAUGAAAAGGGGACAAAUAAUAAGAAUUCUUCACACCAUACCCCCUGACUGUCCUUUUCACUCAUAUGAAGAUUUCCAGAUGCACUGGAAUGACCUGUAUGGCUAUAAACUUCCAGAAGAUUGUGGAAAUACUAAAAUAUACUGCAGCAUCUACUUCAAAAUGAUAGGAGGAAAGAUCUUCACAUACCCUCUCAGCUGCAUCAGAAGUCAGCCCAUACAGUUCUUUCCAAGGGUAGAUUUGGAAGGUGUGUUGAAAAGUUUCGUUUCAGACUUAAAAUCUAAACUGCCUCAUAUCUGUGGCUUUCCCAUUAAGAUGACAACUAAACCAUGCUACUACACACAAGAACUAAUGAAACCUCAUGUACAGGAAAACAAAGUCAAGGCACCUAAUCUGACCACUAAACAAAUGUUCAAGUUCUCUCUGACUCAGGGCCCUUCCACACGACCUGCUCUGGCUGAGCGUCUUUUACCGUGUUCAGUAGUCAUGGACCACAAGGUGGAGCAUUCCAGCAGCCAUCUGAAGAAGCCCUGGGUGUCCUCAACUCUGCACCUCCAGCAAGAAGCUCUCCAGAACAGAAAGAAACCCCUGUCUGACAAGGCACCUGAAGUACAUUUGGAAGUACCAAAGCCCAACAGAGAAAAGAUUCGAGUUCAAAGCACAAAUUUUAGUUCCCAGAAUAAUUUUGCCCCUCAAUUCAUACCAGUUUUCAAAAAUCAGUCAUUACAAAGGAACAAAAAUAUCUUAGAACCUGGCAACCUGAAAAGAAAACAGCAUGUUGUUACAGAAUCUAAAUUGUUUUCACUUAAAACUAGCAUGAUGCAAAGUGACAAACUGAAUUUAGAUCCAGCUAUUAGAAAAAGACUUAAUCAUAAUGUUCAGAUAAAUGCUAGAAAUUUAAAUCAGAAGACUUCUAGACUACAAGAAAAAAACACUGGGUCCUGUGAAAAUAUGAUAAAAUAUCCCCCUUCUAAUGGAGAAUCAUCAACUGUGAGUUUAAAUGAAAGUAAACACCUGUCUAAUAGUUUAGCAUUUCAGAUGUCAAAUAACAGUUUAGGUGUAAUAAACAGUGCUGUUGAAUUCCAAGUGAAUGGAAAAGAACAUUUAACAAACAAAUAUAUAACACAAAUUUUAGGAAAAGGCCACAAGUUACUAAAAAUAAAAAAACAACCGCACAUUUUUGAAUCAGACACAGAAACGGAAGAUCCCCAACUACUACAGCAACAAUCAAUAAAUCAAACUAUGAAAGUUGAUGUAAAUGACCACAAAUUGAUAAGCAAAACAGGCCACAGGUCUAAAAGAAAAUUGUGUCAGGAAUCUUCAAAAACUUCAAAGAGACCUCAUUCCAAUACUAUCCAUUAUGGACAGUCCAGUUUCUCUAGGAACAAGGUGGCCUCCACCAAGAAGUCCAUGACACAUGCCCUGGUCUUCCACGAAAAUCCUGGUGGUGUGAUUCAGACCCUGCACCUGCAAGUGUCCCAGACCUCUGCUGACUCUGUUUCCACCUGUGACCCGGAGGGAGAGGCGUGGUUCUGA